AUGAACUCAGAAAACCCCGAAAGAACCUACGCUCGAUGGCCUCUCCGAGACGUGCCUGGCACGCCCGCGACAGACGUCCUCCCCAUAGGGCCUGAAGCAGACGGAAUUAAUACCGUUUUUGACGAUGAUUCACGCAAAUUAGUUGAUCCGAAGGACUACCGACCUGGAGGAAAAUAUCAUUCUAUUGUCAAGCUCCAGAUUCGAUUUGAAGGCCAGGAUGCUAGCGACACGCGUCAUGCCCAAGCUACAGGAUGGCUAAUCAUGCCCCAUCUCAUCGUCACCGCCGCCCAUUGCGUUUACGACCAUACCCACGACUUCGGCAAAGCUAUUCAAGUCCGCGCUUUCGUGGGAUAUAAUGGCAAGAACUCUAUUGAUAAACCUGGUGUUCAAUUUCGCCGGGGUCUCAAGGUGGUUGUUCCGAAAGACUGGAUUAUCAGUGACACCAACCGCAGAUGUGAUGUCGCUUUCAUAAAAGUGGACGAAUUCAGCGAUGUCGUGCGUAUUGCCCAGCAGCCAACUAAUGGAAUUGUCGAAAAGAUGUUUCGGAGCGUGGUUGGGUAUCCUUGCGAUAAAUCCUUGGGUGAUGAACGAGGAGCGCAAAUGUUUGAGAUGUCCAAAAUAACAGAUUGCGAUCUGUCAAAAACGCCAUUCAAUUUGCUUGAACACACGAUAUCCUUUGCAAAUGGCCAAUCCGGAUCCCCUGUCCUCAUCAAUGGCGAAAGCAAGGCUAUCGGCGUCUCUUCACAUGGCACUGGAACCAGGAAUACAGCAACUGUGUUUCGAGGUAGAUUCGGAACGUACCUCAGCGGCAUGUCUGCCGUCAUGUUUGCCUUGGAACGUGGUCCGGCUGGCAGCGAAGAUAUCAGAUACAUGACGACUGACGGCCGCGCGGAGGGCAGUCUGAUAGGGGAGCCCCUUAGUGAUGGGAAAGCCUUUUGGGCAAUUUUCAGGAAGGUUACCGCCAUUGGCCAGAGAGUUGAUCAUUCGGUGUUACGAACUGGAUCGCCUUUCUUGGGCCAGGUGGGUAGUCCUAUCGCUGCCGUUGCAGGCACCGCACUCGGCGUGUUGAGUAAACUGGGCGCAGACCCUUCGAUCGAUAUUGGCUCCGUCCAUGUCAAUUACAGACAGUGUGCUGCACGCGCGAUUGUCGCAGAAGCUGCAAUGCAGACUCUCAUACAGAUGGAUGCUCACCAGGCGAACGGAUUCAAAAUAUUCGACAAGAUAGAGGACCAAUUCCCCGAGACGAAGGAUGCUGUUCCCAGAGUUGCAAAACUCAUCACGCCUGGAAUUAUUGAGUCUGCGCUUCGGAUCUCAGUCAAGGCGCAAGCUGGCUACGAGGAAACGUCUAGGCUUUACCCCAAGCUCCCUCCAGUCAAAGGCUCUCUAAGCGUCGCUGAUAAAAGAUUUGCUGACGCCUUCACCCGGUACACAAAUCAGGGCGAUGGCAAUGUGAUGUCUGAGUUUCUUUCAAACAUUGUCAACCUUGGUUUGUCUGCUGGUUCUCCCAAAAUGGACGGCAUCACCCGAGUUAUGGGCGAGUCAGAAUUCAGCGUGACCGACAUGUCGACUCAUGUCGAGAUUCUGUGUCAUAGAGCUUUAAUUGGCGACACUGCUUUGAAAGCUUUCAUCGCCAUACCCCUCGAUCAAAUGAUGCAGAAUGGUCUGUUUGAUCACUUUGUUGGUGCGGUUGGGAAUGUUGGAAGAACGGUCAUUGCAGUCGCUCCUGUGGUUGUUCAAAAUAUUUUGAACGAUCUCAAGCAGCGCCGGUAA